CCCCCCCCCCGCCCCCAAUUCCUCCUCCUUUCCCUGCUCAGAGUGAGGCAGAGCUGUAAAUAUCUGGAAAUUUUCUUCGUAAACCUCACACUGCAUCCGAAUCUUUCGCUCUUUCCUUGUUUAUCCGUCUACCGUCUUAAUCUUUCAGCUCCGGUUUUAGAUCUUUUCUCAUUUUCUAGCUCUCGUUGUCGAUGAUAAACCCCUUUUCAUAAUCCUGUCUGCGUCGGAUCUAGGGCUUCUCUGUUUUCGUUCAAGGUACGAGCAAUCCUCCACCCUCCCUUUUAUUUUUAAUCUCCCAUUGGUUGGAUUUUUUCCCCCUAUUUCGUCGGUUAUAUUUAGUUUACGUAAUUUUCGCAGCAGUGGGGGUUUUGAUUUUAUCUUCCGUGGGAUUGCUGUGGUUUUGCGAGUUGUUUAAUGACCUACAUUUCUGUUUCUGUUAAUCUUCUCUAUUUCUCAACCUGGGGGCGACGGUGCAGUUCCCUAUGAUCAUGAAUGAGUUGGGUUCUCGAUUUUUAGCGUGUUCGAUGUUGCAUUCAAAGCUCCAGCUUGUUUCCUUUUAAUGCAAGCAUUAUGCUCUUUUUAUGAUUCUGUUUCGGGAUUACAGUUUGGUUUAGAUACUUAAAUUUCGAUUCCUAUUUCCUGGAGGCGAAGGAGGAUUUGACAGAUUUGGAAAGGAGAGUGGAUACGAAACUUGAAGGAGAGUUUUCGCUUUUAUUUUCUUAAUUAUAAAGGUUGCUUAAUGUAUGAGUAUCGAGAUUUGGUGCUGGAAUCCUCAUUAACAGGAGAGCUACAAAGUGAGGGACAACCUGUGUUAAUGGGGUUGACUAGAAAUGUCUGAAUUUUGGUAUUGCCGAGUAGUGUGUUCAGUUUCAUGAUUUAGAAGGGAAGGAUAAGGAAGCUAAUAGACUGGGCUUAUGUGUUGGUUGGCAUGGCUCUGACAGAAAGAGACCUUUUAGUUGAUCUUGAAAGUGGUGGGACUACUAGUGUAGAAGGAAAUGAAGAACCGAGUGCAGGUGUUAAACAAACAAAGAAAUUGUUGGGUAGGGUAUGGAAUGGGUUUGUCAACUAUGAUGGUGCAAUCAAAGGUGAAGAUGGGAUGAUUUUAGUCAACGGUUCAAGUUCUGUUGAUUUCUGUCCUGAGAAUCCAGAAAUGUUGACAGACAAGAAGUCUGGAGAAGAAGAACCGUUGGUCCUUGGAGAAAAGAAGGUGGUAAAGGAGAAACGGAAAAAGACAAAAAAGCCUCCAAAGCCACCGCGACCUCCCAGAGGUCCAUCAUUGGAUGCUGCUGACAUGAAGCUGGUUCGAGAGAUCUCUGAGCUUGCUAUGUUGAAGCGGGCAAGGAUUGAACGGAUGAAAGCAUUGAAGAAGAUGAAAGCAGCCAAGGCAACAUCACCAAGUGGCAGCCUGUGUGCUAUGGUCAUCACCAUACUCUUCUGCCUUGUAAUAAUUUUUCAAGGAAUGUGCUCCAAAAGCAGCUCAAGUGUCAGCUUCCAGGGAUCUCCUGAAUCAGCCGUUGGAUUUAUUUCAAUUGAAUAUAAUAAGAAUCUUUCUGAUAGUGAAGCCAAUGGGACUAGUGCCCGGUCACCCAAUUUCAUGAAUCAGGUUGCCGGGUCUGAUUCCCAGUAAGAAGAGAGUAGAGGUCCUGGAUGAAAUGAAAUGCCAUGAAAAUUCUGCGGGUGCUAAUGAGGUCCUUCCAGUAGAAUAUAAAUUUGCGCCCCUUUAUAGUUUUUGGUACAGAUACAGAUAUGCAUCCUUGUGACAUUGUGGGCUGAAGCACAUAACAGUUCGUUUUGAUGAUUCCAGUUUGUGUAUAUGUGUAGAAAUUUUGCCUAAUGCGGCUGGAGAGCUUAGGGAAAGUUGUAUUCCCCUGUACAGUAAGUAGAGAUUUUAAGAUUUAAAUUAGUGGCCUGUGAAGCAGCCCUGGUUCUUCAAAUCUUCUUGGUAAUGGAAUUUGAGAGGGAUGAUCUCACCUAGGUUGGACAGUCGAGAUUGUUGACUUUCUACCUAAUAAUGCUUAAGUUAUCAGAUUAUAUUAUCCCGAUUGGAUGGUUGGAUCAA